AUGAACGCGCGAGAGUGGUACCUGUAUGGCGAGGAUUAUCUGUAUUCUGCGUGUUUCGAAGGUCAUGAGGUGAUUUGGGUUGAUGUAUACACAUGUCGAGGUAGCGAGAAGCUUUCGUCGCCUCCUGAUCUUCGGUGUAUAUCCCAGAAAAAUGGCAGGGCAGGAUGGCAGAAGGGUGUACUCCUUCCUAUCCUCGUAGUCCCAACUAUCGGGGAAGAGGAAUUGUUUACACCGCGCUCAAAACUUCUUUCUUUGCCGCCGGAGUUGAACGAUAUGAUCUCUCCGAUUGGAUUUGACUUGGGGAAUUUGAUGCUUCCUGCCUGGAAGUUACAUUGGAGUGGUGAUCUUUUAAAAAUCCGGAUCGCAAGCCAACCCAACCAAGCCCCAUCCGUCGAUGUAAUUUCACAAUUCUUGAUUCAAACGGCCGCGAAGAAUGAAAUCGAAGGGGUAAGGGACCUCAUACGCCCAAGACCUACGCUACAUUUUGGGAUGGAAACCCCAAUUCUCCCAACGUUGUUGUAUCGGAACUCCCGAAAAGACCAUUCGUGGAAAGUUGGAUCAUGGACGCAACAACAAGCUACUCCAUAA